AUGGCGGCUGUGCGGUGGAAGCUGCUUCGGUUCUUCGCGGCAUUGGUCGGUCUAUGCCAUGCUCAGACCGAUGCUAUCACACCAUGGACAGAUGUCUGCACCUCCGAGGAUUUCGUCAACUACCGAUCCCAGCUGUGCCCCGUGACCUUCGUGGUGUCCACGCUGGCCUUCAACCCGUUGUAUCCCGGGGCAAUUUCGGACAUCACCAUCCUUCUGCAGCCUUCUGAAGACCUGCCGAGCAGCAUCCAGAGGACGCAGUACAUAGACAUCAAUCUAGCUGGCUUUGAAGCGAUAGGCACCACAAACGUAGCGAACGCGAUCUUGCGGGACUUGCAAAUCACUGCCGGCAACACGGUACCUUUGGGUUUUGACCCGCUUUUUGGCUACAAUACCCAAACCAACCCGCUGUUCACCGAGCCUGCCUUGUACAAUCUCAGAACUCGCCUUUUGAGACUUACGGUGAGGAGCGGACAGUCGAUGCUGGCAAACAGAGACACGGAGAUCACGAUUUGUUGUAUGAGACUGCCAAGCGCAUCUCCAAAGGACUUCCCCGGCUACACCAUUUCGGGUCCUACGUCCCUGGACCAAGUGACCACUAUCGUAGAGGAGCCGAUCCUGAACACCCCAGAGAUUGACCCAGGGCUGCAGUGGGAGUUCCUGCGUGUGUCGUUUGACCCUCCCAUCUCGCGGCACGUGACAGUUAUUCACCUCACACUGCGGCCAGCAAACUCGCUGACGGACCGUGCGCGGAUCAUUCUGAGCAUGCCAACGGUUGAGCGGGUGAACAAUGUGAGCGGCUCGGUGUCGUUCAACACGGCCAGCAGCGUCGAUGGGGCGGACUGGAUGUUUUUUGAAUCCGCUGCCCUGUGGGACCACCUGCAGGGGAGGCUCACCUUCUUCUUGCGCGCCGGCAAGGUCUUGGCCGCAGGCCGCCAGGUGACGCUUUCCACGGAGCCUGGGGAGUUUCAGCUUCCCAUUGAGCUUCCUGCAGAUAGCGACACGCUCACGGUGUCAGCACGCUCCUUCGACGACAUCGACGAGGUUGUGCGGGAGACACCUGUGACACAGUCCAGCGCAGUUCCCCACGUGCGCAACUUCACCUUCACACGGCUGGCCUACACCAACAACGUUCCCAAUCAGCAAAGCAAUGUCAUGUUCCACUUCAUGACCAACAGACCUCUGUUCGCUGGGUCGGUGAUUUUUCUUCGCUUGUCCGGCUUCACAGCCCAACGUGUCGAAGUGCCUCUGAAGGGGACCUCGAAGGCUCAUUUCCGUGACGAGAGCGCGUACUUCAAGCUGCCGGAGAAUAUCCUCGAGCUUCACAUCGCCAGAACCAUCUACUCAGACGAGUACUUGUUUGAGAUGGAAUUCGUGGAGCUGAUUCUUCCACCUGCUCUUUACGCCAACGACAGCUCAUUGCUGGCAUGGAAUUCAGAUCCAGGGGCUCCACCGCAGCCAGUGGAUGACUCGCCUAUGGUGGGUGCUGGCUACAAGACCUUCAAGAGGUCCCAGUUGGUCUUCUUACCACUGGAGCCCAGGCUGCCUGCAAACAUCAGCUUUACGCUGGAGCCGUCUAUCUCAUUCUAUCAGGGCGACAGCAUCGUGAUCCAUAUGUACGGAUUUGCGUGUACCUCUAGCGUCAUCCCGCUGCUCGGCCCAGAUGCAUACCGGGUGCAAGACCAAGCGGCAUCCUGGACGCAGCAGGACAGCAUGCUGGUCUUUACCACGGCUGCGAAUGAGAUCAUUAGCAAUGCUGCUCCCUUCCGGGUGAGCAUUGGCAGGGAAACCAACUUCCGGCUACCUGACAAGUUGAGUGAGAACGAUGGCAUCCUGCGCAUUGAAGGCAGGGGUGCCCUCAUUGACUUGGAGCCAGUGAAGAAGAUCCCGAAGAUCGGAGAGGACAAGUACGUCAUCGAGUCGCGGGUGGAGUUCGACCCGGAAGAUGUGUCCGUGAAUGCUUUCACUCGGAUCAGCUUUUCGAUGGUGCUGAACACAGAUGUGCUCCCCAAUUCGACGAUUUACAUCAAGCUUGGCGGUCUUAUUCGAGACCCUGGCCGGCAAAACUUGGUCGGUGUGCAGGGAGCCGCUCGUUCCGGCACCAUCAAGAUCUCGGGCGCCAAUGGGCCUCUCUUUCGUGGAGAGGUGGGAUAUUGGGACCAGGAUUUGGUGCUGCUCACGGUGCAGAUGAUCUCCACCGUGCAGAUCUACGCCGGCGAGCGGGUGCGCUUCUUCAUCGAGAGGGAUCAGGACUUCAAGCUGCCCUUCUCCGCAUACCCCAAUGAUCCAUCCUUCAGAUUGGCUGUGCCAGAGGCUGGCAUCCCCGAGCGGCCCUUCAAGUUCUCCACACGAGUCAGCCAGCAGGGGAAGCAAUUUGCCGUGUCCGAGAUCUUUUAUGGAUCUCGAGGUGCAGUGGCAUAUCCCAACACUGUGGUCGAGUUCAACUUCAGGUUUCAGCCAAACGUGAACUUGCCAGCUGGCACCACUGUCAGGCUGUCGCUGCCCGGCUUCACCUGCCCAUUCACCAGCGUUCCCAUUGGGACGCAGGAAGUGCCAGUGCUGAAUGAAAAGGACUUGAGUGAUUUUAUCCGCUUCGGUCAGUGGGAUCAACUGUCAAACACGUUCGAUCUGGUGGUGCCGGUGGGGCAAUCCAUCUAUCGGCAACUCAUCACGGUGCUGCGCAUCAUGGAGUCGGGGGGCUUCCGGUUGCCCAGCACCCCGCUGCUGCCGGACGACAUGCGCCUCACCAUCCAAGCAAUUGGGAAUGUUGUGAUCUUUGAGGAGCCCAUCAAGACGUCCCCGAGAGUGGUUGAUCGAUCCUUCCAGGUCUCUGAGUUCGUGUAUUCGCCACCUCAGAAGGACAGCAUCUUUCAGCUGCGGAUGAUCCUGCAACCAACGGUCAACAUCACCGAGGACAACGACAUCAUCAUCUUCCUGCGAGGGCCUUGGGCUGCCAUUCAAAGGGCUGAGGUUGCACUCAGCUGCACGGCGCUGAGCGCCAUGUGGCCAUGCCCGGGCAGACAACUGGAGGUGAGCCGCAGGGCCGACAAGGACUUCAAGCAGAAGUUCCUCCGCCGCUCCGAAUUUGAUCCCCUUUCCCUACAGGACUUCAGGCGUGAAGCGCUGAUCCAAUACUCCAACACCAACCAGUCCGAACCCUUGCGCAUCCUCAUCUAUUUCUUCCUCACCAUUUGCGGCCUGAUUUCUCCGGCCUUCGCUCCCAGCAACGUGCCUUGGUGGUACUUCGCACUGGCCAUAGGCCUGACACUGGGUUUCGGCCUCCUCUUCCUGCGGGAGCGGGAGAAGCGCACGGCGCAGCUGGUGCGGUUGGAGCGGGAGUAUGCCAUCGGGGACCUGACGCUGGAGUUUUGGAAUGUCACUGCGCCCAAGACCUGCCAACUGCAGGCCCUGCGCUCCGAGAAGCGCCUGGUGGCGCUGUACGGCAGCUUUCAGCAGGUAACGCGGGCCUUGCACAGCGCUCUGCCCUACCGGAGGCGAUUUGAGCAGAGCGACGUGCUGAUUCUCCCAGUGUGCUCCUCCCUGGAAGGAUCUGAAGAGGCGGCCUUCGGCGCCUUCGGCACCGAGACUUUGCUGCGCCAGGCGCGGCCCUGGCUGGCGAAGGCGCGGAAGCUCAGACGCUGGAGGAGCUACUUUGAGAGCCUGCUCGAGAGCAAGGACCAGCGCUCGGAGAGCGGCCUUUGGGUGGGUCUGAAUCUCCGGGGCCGGGUCUUCGGCAGCGACUUCGGGGCCCCGGUCUGGGACGAGCUGCUGGCGGCGACGCCGCCCGCCGCGCCGCUGAGCUCCACGGAGCCGCGCUGCAGCUGGGCCGAGGGUCUGGAGGCGGAGCAGGAGCGCUUCUACCAGAGUCUAUGCGAGGGCGAUGAGGCUGCAGUGAGAGCCAUGUUUGAUGCUUGGCUCGGCUUAGCUGCAGACUCUUUCACUAUGGACAUUUCCUGUACGUCCAAGGCGAAGAUUGACGAUGCCGAGCUCAGCAGCGUCCUGCAGGUGGAUGGGCAGCGCAGCAAUUUGAGCACCUGGGAUGUGGUCCUGUCACUACAAAACCGACCCCAGUUGCGCACUGCCAGCAGUGACUGCGUGAUUUCGGACAAGACAGCCAUUACCACCUGUAUCGAAUUUCCAGUCCUGGGCCCCACGCUGUUGGCCACUCAGACGUGGACGCGCGACGGCGACAUCUGGCGGCUCUUGAGCCAUCGGAGCAUCCCCUACGCCACGCAGACGGAGGCGCGGGUGGCUCUGCGCUGCGACCACCGGGGCUGCAUCGCCUUUGGGAAGCAGCUGGACGCCAUGCGCUGA